CAUGGGCGAGUUGGGGACGGCACGGGGCGAAAGAGAGCCACAAGAGAGAAACAAAAACAAAUGCUCGUGGUCGUCCAUCCCGCGGCCACAGGACGAGGCAAACGGACGCGCUCGCACGACAACCACCGCACACACGCACACGACAGAAGCGAGAAGAGGAGAAAAGAAAAGUGAGUUCAAAGGAGGCCACGGGGCGGGCGCUAGUGCUCGAGCCCGAGCAGAGUCAUCGCAGCCGCGUUUCGCCUUCCCCUCUCGCUCGCCUGCGGUUCGGUUGGUUAGCUCGGCAGCUGGAGCGUUUUCCCCGCUGGUGGUUCGUCUUUCGGUUGCUCCACCUCCAACCGAACCUCCCUCCUCCCCACCACAAAUAUACUAGUGCUAGCAACCACCACCACCUGCGUCUUCCCAGCUCCGUUCCGUCCUCGCCCGCCGGCCACCACCGGUGGGGCCCACUGCCCUACGCUCCGAUUGCUUGCCUGGCCCUUCCCACCGCCUCUGUGCGGCGUCGCGCGGGAAACACACCAACGUCCAAGGGGAGGUAGAGAGAGAGGAACGGGAGGCGCCUCGGAUCCCCGGCCUCCACCGCGCGCCGGGGGACCUCCGGAGUGAAAUGUGGGACCCGUGCCGCCGGGAAUUUCUCUAGAGGCUUGUCCGCACCACCGCCGAGCGACACGAUAUGGUGGAGGGUAGGAGCUAUCUCCCUGCAGAGGUCAGGAGCGGCCUCGAGACCCUGAAGCAGAGGAGGCUCGAGAGAAUGCGUUUGAGUGCUCAGAAUGAAGAGGGCGGCAAUCCUGCGUUGGCUGCGAGAAGCGGUGGUGAUGCCUUGCGGAGCCCCACUAACUGCAGGGUCAGAUUGCAUCCCGACAACAAUACAGGAGGUUUACCUGGAGAUGUCCAGGGCAAGAAUCCUUUUGCAAAGCGCAAGGUGGAGAAGUUUGAUAUGUCCAACCUUGAGUGGAUAAACAAGAUACCAGAGUGCCCUGUGUAUUGUCCCACCAAGGUGGAAUUCGAGGAUCCCAUUGCUUAUAUACAAAUGAUUUCACCCGAGGCUGCUAAAUACGGUAUUUGUAAAAUCGUCUCUCCUGUAUGUGCGUCUGUUCCUGCCGGUGUUGUGCUGAUGAAGGAACAGCCCAGCUUUAAGUUCAUGACUAGAGUUCAGCCCCUUCGUCUUGCUGAAUGGGCUGAGGAUGAUACGGUCACUUUCUUCAUGAGUGGAAGAAAGUACACCUUCCGGGACUACGAGAAAAUGGCAAACAAAGUGUUCUCUAAGAGAUAUUCCAGCUCUAGUUGUCUUCCAGGUAGGUAUGUGGAGGAGGAGUUCUGGCGUGAAAUUGCUUUUGGCAAAAUGGAUUUCGUAGAAUAUGCUUGUGAUGUUGAUGGGAGUGCCUUCUCUUCUUCUCCCCAUGAUCAACUUGGGAAAAGCAACUGGAACCUCAAGAAUUUUUCACGGCUCCCCGGUUCAGUUCUAAGACUUCUUCAGACACCAAUUCCAGGAGUGACAGAUCCAAUGCUUUAUAUUGGGAUGCUCUUCAGCAUGUUUGCGUGGCAUGUGGAAGAUCAUUAUUUGUACAGCAUCAAUUACCAUCACUGUGGGGCAUCUAAGACAUGGUAUGGGAUACCAGGCGAUGCGGCUCCUGGGUUUGAAAGGGUUGCAAGCCAAUACGUAUAUAACAAGGACAUUUUGAUUGGUGAUGGAGAGGAUGCAGCGUUUGAUGUUCUACUGGGCAAGACGACAAUGUUCCCUCCAAAUGUCUUGCUAGAUCACAAUGUUCCUGUCUAUAAAGCUGUACAAAGACCUGGAGAGUUUGUUAUAACGUUUCCUCGUUCUUACCACGCAGGCUUCAGUCAUGGCUUCAAUUGUGGAGAGGCUGUUAAUUUUGCUGUUGGCGAUUGGUUCCCUCUUGGUUCUUUGGCUAGCAAGCGCUACGCGCUUCUGAACAGAACUCCAUUGCUUGCACAUGAGGAGCUACUUUGUCGUUCUGCUAUGCUUCUGUCCCAAAAGCUGUUAAACUGUGACCCAAGAUCCUUGGACAAGUUGGAACAUCCAUGUUCCCAGUAUUCUGUGAAAUCCUGCUUUGUGCGGUUGAUAAAAUUCCAGCGACGUGCACGUGACCUACUUGCUAAAAUGGGUUCUGAAAUAUGCUAUAAGCCAAAGACAUCUCCAAAUCUAUCCUGUAGCAUUUGCCGGCGUGGUUGCUAUAUCACACAUGUGUUGUGUGGAUGUAACUUUGAUCCUGUCUGCCUACAUCAUGAACAAGAACUGCGGAGCUGCCCUUGUAAGUCCAGUCGUGUUGUCUAUGUUAGAGAAGACAUACUGGAGCUAGAGGCUCUAUCAAGAAAAUUUGAGCAUGAUGUCUACUUGUAUAAGGAAAGAAGUUCCAUUAGAUCAUGUAAGGAGGCUGAGAUCUCUGAUGCUAAUGUUGAACACGUCCCAAAUCUUGGUAUUACUCUGGAUUUUGCUAAUAGUAAAGCUGGUAGCUCUGGCUUUAUAACUGUCGAUGGAGGAAACAGUUCUUCUGCAGUAUCAAUUUUGACAUCUUCUGCGCAUCAUGAGGCACUCAUGCAUUCAGAAGCAAGGGUUCAUGCAACACAAACUGACCAGAUUUAUUCCACUGCCAAGCAGGCAAUAAAUACAUCAGUGACCAAAGGAACUUGCACUACAGAUGAGAGUUCAUCCGGCAUGGAUUGUGCUUGUAAUGAACAUGGUUCAUGUAAUGCUUCAGUCAUGGAAUGCAGUGAUGAUUCCGGUUCAGAGAAUGAAAUUUUCCGAGUCAAGCGCAGGUCCACCUUAUUUGACAAACCUACUUCUGAAACAAAGACAUCAACCUUGUCUGAACAGCAGUGGCCACCUUUUUUUGACUGUGCCAUGUAGAAGUUGCGGUAUUUCAAGGUAGUUUAUAGGUUCAUUGGGAGAAGCAUAUGCAAUGAACAUGUCCAGUUUUUACAUAGUAUAUAUAGUGGACUCUGCCACAUUAUAUAUCCUUUAGUUGAGUUUCCAGAUCUAGCAUUCAGUGCUUAAGUUCUUUACAAAGCACAAAGUUAGUAACCCAGGACAAGUUUGGAACAUACUUUUCAUAUUAUAAGACUUGCUGUUGUCAGGUUCUGAGGCGGCUGAAGAAGGUACGUCCUGGAGUACAGCAGGUCAGUAAGCGUCCAGAAGAAUCUGGUAAUGGUUCAGUUCGCUCUACCCAUAUGAGCCCGAGCUCAAAUCAUGCCUCUUCGGAUGAUGAAAUAGACAUGGCUCCCCUAUUCUUGAGGAUAAAGCGGCGGCAGUUGGAAAACCAAGAUGUUACAAGUCGUGGCGCGAGAUCACAGUCAUACCCAUCUUCCAGUGGUUCUCGAGAAGAGUUUGUGGAAAGAAGUAGAGAUGCUGCAGCAGAGCUCCGUCCAAAACGAGUGAAAAUCCGGCUACCUUCUAGUGCCAGUAGGCAGAUUGAGCAGCAGCGCAGUUCGGGGCAGCGAUUUGCAAGGGAGGACAAGUUGCCGCUUGCAUUUUAGGGAAUCACAGGUACUAACCUCUACUGGGCAGACGAAUUCUUUGUUUAAGUGCAUUGUUAACUACAAAACGAGGUGGCAGAAGAGAGUGGGAGGGAUCAGGUUGUGAUUGUGGCAGAGCUGAUUUGGUUAGCACAGGUGCAGACUGACUUUAGAAUUGGCAGCAAAGGGAAGUGGCUGGCUAAUCGAUUCUUUUGUGCAGCAGGGCCUCCAAUUUGAGGCCUCUGGGGGCACGCUUAGGAGACACACACGUGACAAUAUUCUCGUUGCUCGAGGUUCUGUGUCACUGCCGGUGGCUCUUUGAUGCCUGGUUAUCAGUGACAGAAAUUGAGGAGAACCUCGCUACUUCGAUUUCUCUGCAAGUGUUUAGAGCAUGUAGCUAGCUUAGCUGUAUAUCUCUCACUGUACCUACGGUCUUUCCUAUUUUUUUUGUAAUUUCCUGUAAACAGGCAUAGCUGCUACAGUAUGGCUAACUCUCUAUUCUUUUGUUGGUUUA